AUGGGUGAGCUUUCUGUUCCUCUUUUCCUCCGUACAAGUGUCGUGUGUCGUGUGCAUGCACUGCGCCACUCCCGCGCAGAAAAUUGCUUGUAUGCAGUACGUAGACCUCUGCACGGCGUUCCCAAAUGGGGUGAGGGAAGGUGAGCGAGGCGUCAAAGUUUCUGAAUUUACAGGAAAAAUUUAGUGCGCGCUACGGAUAAAAUGCACUGAGUAUCAAACGUUAAUAACUUUUUUGUUCGAUCGCCUUCGACUGGGUACUGUAAAUUUCAUCUUUCGCGCCAAAUUUUUUUUGACGUUUCCCCACCCCGUUUGGGAACACCGUGCUCUGGCAAUGCGGUCGCCUGCGUCUUUAAUAUGCCUUGUCAUUUGAGCUCUUACUAGUUAGAGCCGGAAUCUCUGCCGUUCCUAUGACAUCACGGAUGAACGGCUGAGCUUUCAACUCCGUCCACCAUAUUAUUGGAUUUUCUUUCAUUAAAAAUAGGCCAUGAAGCAAAAUAGGCAUUAACAUAGAUUGGAACGUGGCACAUUCUUUAAAACUUUGAAACUAUGAAACUUUUAUUCAGUCUUCAGAGAAGGUUUCUCUGCUGAAUCAUGGAAUCAUUGAAGAGCUGUUUGUCGGUUCGCGAAACUGUUGUUGAUCAAGCGUAGACGGCGCGUAGAGCCUCUCGUCUCUCUUUUGAUAGUAGUAGACGACUUUCGAGCGCUCCGGCGAUCACUGCUUCUCCAUGUAGGAACAGUACGGCGCCCAGCUUGUCCAGGGCUGGCGGGCGUCGGAAAAUUGCCUUCUUUACAAGUGUGCAACUUUCGUUAGACUUUUGAUUAAUCUUUGAACUUUCGUUAGACUUUUGAUCGUUGAGCUAACCUUCUGUUUUGAGGUUCCUUCGCAACGCAGCAAAUCUGUACGAUCAUGGCGAUGCUGUCGGAGCAGGAUCAACAAAUUAGUCAGUUUCCUCAGUCUUUGGCCUGUUUCAUUUGAGAUUUCAGUUGAACUGAUCCCCCUCUUCAUCCGUCAAUGGAAAGUCGGCAAUCUCAGUUCGUUGAUAUUUCUUUUGUUUUCAGAGAAGAUGAAGAUGUGUAGUAGUAUUAUAGUCCGUUUUUAGCGACUUGAAAAGACGAGAGUCGGUUAAGGUUAGACGGACUACGUUCUAUGCAUAAAAUCCAGUUUCGGGAAAAUCAAGCUAAAUAACAAUAAAAAACAUUGUCUUCUUGUUCCAAGGCGCCUUUGCUUGGCAGACCAAAAUUCAGUUCUCAAAUAAGUAAGCCGAAGUAAAUAUGCUCCUUGAAGCUAAAUGCAGCCUUUAUAAAGUCAAAGAGAACUAACAAGGCGUGGCCGGUUUUAACUUUCAUUUUGAGGAGUCGAAAUAAAGGAUUGGCACCGGAUGAGCAUCUCCCAGUUGGCCAAGUUUAAGUCGAACGAAAUCGUGAAUCCAGAAGUUGACUUUGCGUACAAUCGGAACUUCUGCAAGGUUGAUGUUCCGGCCAACGUCAAGGUCCUAGAUGCGAAUCCAGAGUUCGAUGAAGCUUUAAGAAAGCUGGAGAUCGUCAAAAAAGCUCACGUGGCCGGCGAACAGUUCCAAGCAGCCAAAGAUACGAAAGUCGUCUCAGACUUUCGUCGAAAGAAUCCUACCGAAGAUAUGAAAGUACUGGCGAAGAAGUAUGGGGUUUGGCCGAAGGAACCAGAACAUGGCGAGAAAUUGAAAGAGAAUGCCAAACACCCCUGGAAAGGGUACGAAAAAAAGCCUAAAAAGCAAACUCGGAAAAAGGCCGGCGAGGAUACGCCUCUCAGCAAAACCAAUACCACCACAUCAAAAGCUGAGCAGAAAAAAAACGAGUCUAAGAAGGUCGCGCCAAAAAUGGAAGUGAAGAAGAACGAGGCGCCUAAGAUUGAGCCAUUGCCGCAACUGGUGCCGCUGGGUCGAGUCGACAGAAAAAACUGUAAGCCGCUGGUGAUGGCUCCGAACUCCCCGGUCUACUUCCCCGAAAUUGAUCUGCAGUCGAAAGUUUUGCGUGAGUUUUCUUCGAUUCGUAUUCUUCAAAUUUAGAGAAAAAUGUUUUCAAUGAUAGGAAACGAACUUUGAUCAAUUUUCUGAAUUAGUCGAAACCAUUCCCGAUUGAGGGAAAAUUUUCAAUGAAAAUAAAUGCUUGGAAAAACUUGACAAGUCCCCUGAGGUUCCCUUUGAAGUAUCCUCUAAUGAACAUUUUAUUUUUCAAUUUUGAAGCAUGUAAAAAAAGAACUUUAUUGGUCUUCAAAUUUUUAAAAAUGUUAUGAAGUCGAUUGGAAGAGAAAUCGUGCUUCAGCAUUUUUUCACUAUUUCAUCUCUUGAUCGUAAGAUGAAAAUGAAGAUUUUUUUACAGAAGACGCUUUUACCGUGUUCACGUUAAUGUGCGAUCAGUUCGAUAAAUUUUUCGUGACUCACAAAGAAGGUGAACAAAGAGUUCCAACUUGAAGGAAAUCUGUUUUUCGUUUUUAGUUUGGGUCCUAGUGAAUGAAACGGCUCAGCAAGCGUCUGCAAUCACUGACCGAGAGAUUUUUGAAACCGUUGGUUUUGAAUACAAAACAUCGAAAUCAAAAAAGCUGUCGGAGAAAACGGAGAAUCCAAAGUGGAAAGAUGCGUUCAAAGGAGUUUUCGAUGCUUCGAGUGAGAUUCGAUGUGCAAAAUGAAAAUCACCAUGCUUUUCUCUGUUCCAGUGUUUUUCGACGACCUGGUGCAGCUCCGCGCCAAAUGCGAUCCGAAGGACAAGGAGCUGUACAACUUGUUAGAAGAGCAAGAAAGAAUCCGCGCUUUGCUCUUGCAUUCCGCUGCGAAGAAUUAUUUAUAUUUCUUUGACAGUGGGUUUCGGUUUUGUUCGAUUGCGAGUUUCAGAGUUUCAGUAGAAGUAGAAAAAUGAGCUUCGAGGUUCAAGCUAACAAAAAUAAUUUCUGACGUUUUAUUAACUUGCUGAAGACUUCCAAAGAAAAAUCAAAAAAUAGUUUUCUAUUGAAAUUUUUGAUAGCCUUUUUUUUCAGUGAACGUGCUAAAAACGAAUUCAGUUUUCUGAAACUUUGAAAUUUGAAUUUACUAAAAAACGGCCUCUUUGCCUCAAAAACGAUUGUUUUCAGAAGCGACGAGGCUUAAUCAAGCCAUUCUGCCCGGCGAGACGCCUCUCGCGAUGAGAAGACGCCAUUGGAGUUGAGAUUUGGUCGUUUUCAAAAUUGAUGGAAUGUUUCCAGAGGAGGGCGAGGUCACCGAGAAGAUCAGCACUCUUGCCUGGGCCCGCCGCUUGAGAAUCAACCCGGUGAAAAAGGCCCCCGUCAGAGACUACGUGGAGAUGAAAAAAACGCUCCCACAUCCAACGGGCCCCGACGAAAAAAUGGAGAAGAAGAGCAAGAACAAAAACAAGAAGAAAUGA